GCUACCAUGAACAUGCAGAUGCAGCAGCCCACGAGCCCGCAGGCGCCUUCGACUGAGCGCGUUGUCACGGAGCAGCCUACUUCUCAAGAACAGAUGCACAUGAACCUUCGCGGUGGUGGUGCGGGUGGUGUUUGCUGUGGCGUUUGCGCUGGGUUGAUGUGCUUCGAGUGCUGUGAGGAGUGUUGCUAGACGAUUCCAUUCUUUCUUGCUAUGGGGAAAGUGAGCGGUGAGGAUGACGGUGGAGUGGCUGGAAGUGAUGUCUAUGAGAGAUGAUCGACGCGAGAGA